AUGGAAUCCCAAACUACGCAAAGGGAAAUCACCCUUAACUCACCUCCUUCCCUACGCCCAAAAUAUACCCAGUCAUCUCAACUCAGUGUCGGCCCACUUUCAGACAUUCUUUCUCAUAAGAGAAUAGACGGCUCGGCUCUUGGCAUAUUCAGCUUUGAGCCAUCUUACUCCUCCAUCAGCUCCAGAUGCGGCUCUUCGUUCUCAUCAGAGUCCUCCACAGAAUCCUGGGGACUGAUUUCAUCCCAUCCGUCCCCUGAAACGCCGAGGUCGAAGCACGAACUGGAGGAUGACAUUCCUCAACUGGACUUGGUGCCUCGUCAUGGAGAUGUUCUCAAGCGUAAAUGUGAUAGCCCGGAGGGAGGUGGCAAGAAAAUGAGACUUUCAACGGUACAACUGCCUAGUUUUCACGACCUGCUUUCGCAUAGCGGGAACAAGGACCACCACGAGAAGGUGUCCCGCACGCCUAUCCCCAGUCCGGAGCUAAGCAGCAGCGAAUACAAGCUUGCUGGCAAAGCCAAUGUUCAGUCAUCAGAAGACCCCAUUAUCCAAUGGCUCAACCUCCGGAGAAUGGAGUCCAAGAGCGCGAAGCCUCUGCUCUCUCAGCCACGAGAACUAGGGAAUUCUUCUGUGAACGUUCACUUAGAUAUAGGCAGCCCACCAGUGUUUUACCGCGAGAAGCAACAACACCACACGCCUCAGCACCGGGGCCACUAUCACCGGCAGCUCUCACCGCCGAAGGACAUCGUCAAGCGUGUGCGCGCCAAGGGAGGGAAGCCGUUCCACAACAACAUCAAGUACACGAUCGAGGAGACGGACUACAUCCGCUUCAACAAGUACGAGAUGAAGCUGUCGUGGGAGGAGAACAAGAUCCUGUUCCGGCAGAAAUUCCCCAUGGCCGACCGGAAGCUCGACCGCGAGAAGCAGGGCAUCCAGGGCGUCCACUACCGCGACAACCUGCACGUCCCGCACCUCCAGGGCAAGGGCAGGCGGCUCGUGUUCCUCGACAACGGCCACAUCGAGGCAGUCACGGUCAAGGUCCGCCGCCAGCGCGAGAACAAGUCCUACUUCAGCCUCACCUACCUGUACCCCGAGCGCGCGCUGCUCUACGACUGGGUGCCGCCCAAGUUCAAGCAGAUCGCUGCCGAGCUCGUCAAGGAACGCUACCCGCAAAUACAGCAGAAGCGGCGCGAGGCCAUCGCCCAGAACUUAUGGGUCGAGACCCUGACGACGGGCGAGUGCUCUUGCUGCCCCAAGCCCGACCGGGAGCGCGACAACCACAAGCGCUCUGUCGGCGAGUCCCUUAUCAUGGAGGCUCCCAGCUACGAUUCGCUUGUCAAGAGCGAAUACUCGCAGUUUAGAUCUCUGCUGUGA